CCCUCUGUCUGCUCCUCCUCCUCCUCUUCUCGUCCUUUUCCAGGUCUCUCCUUCAUUAAUGGACUGGGAGUGAGCGUGUUUCCGCCCCUGUAGAGCGGUUCGUCCUGGAGGAGGACUGGAGCAGGACCGUCCAGAAGUCUCUGAGGCGCCAUGUCCCUCAGAGUUUCAGCCAUGAGCGUCCUUCCUCCGGUUCGGCGAGACCGCGUCAUCGCUCAGCUGCCUCAGUGUUUCACCAAGGAGGCGGCGGUCCACACCAAAGGCGAUUUCAACAACCAAGUGAGGACGGCCUGCCAGGAGCAGCGGACCGGCACCGUGGGAUUUAAAAUCUCAAAGGUCAUCGUGGUGGGAGACCUGGCUGUGGGCAAAACCUGCCUGAUCAACAGGUUUUGUAAAGACACCUUUGAUAAGAACUACAAGGCGACGAUCGGCGUGGACUUCGAGAUGGAGCGCUUCGAGGUGCUGGGCGUUCCCUUCAGCCUGCAGCUGUGGGACACGGCCGGGCAGGAGAGGUUCAAGUGCAUCGCUUCCACCUACUACCGCGGAGCGCAGGUUGUGAUCAUCGCGUUCGACGUGAACGACGUGGCGUCUCUGGGUCACGUCAGGCAGUGGCUGGAAGACGCCCUGAAGGAGAACGACCCCACCGCCGUGCAGCUCUUCCUGGUGGGCACAAAGAAAGACCUGAGCUCACCUGCUCAGUAUUCUCGUAUUGAAGAAGACGCCAUCAAAAUAGCGAGUGAGAUCCGAGCGGAGUACUGGGCCGUUUCUUCCCUGACCGGGGAGAACGUCCGGGAGUUCUUCUUCCGCGUGGCCUCGGUGGCUUUCGAGACCAACGUCCUGGCGGAGCUGGAGAAGAGCGGAUCGAGGCAGAUCGGCGAAGUCGUCAGAAUCGGCAGCAAUCCAAGCAACCUGUACGCCACGUCCAAGAAGAAGCAGUCCGCCUGCUGCCAGUGAGGAGCCGAGACCCGGGUCCCGGGUCCGAGGCCCCGGAGGGCCGGGGAGAGUUCCUGUGGUGGGAGCGGGAGGAGGCCGAGCCCGCCGCCCACACACACUCGCAUGGAGUCUCUUUUUCCUGGCCCUCAGAAAGCCUUUCCUCUGCAGAUUCCUGUGGCGUUGCUCACUUUACUGACGCAGGAACCCGGUACUGCCAAAGAACGACUGACUGCUCCGUUUAACUAGGCUUUAAUGAAAUCUGCUGGAGUUGGUUUUGCGUUUUAGGUUUUUCUUUAGAGUAAUAAUCUGGUUUUGUUCAGUAGUUUAACUCUUGAUCUUCAACCAGUGUGAUCCUUCAAACUUCAGGUAUUAAGGGAAAGAAAAGUUGUUUUUUCAGCCUUCCUGUCAUGUUGAUCCUCUCAACAUCAGAUUCAGUGUUUCUGAAGCUUCAAACCACAAAUUCAGAUUUUAUUUUGAGUAGAUUCUUCAUUCUGUUUACAAAGACAUGACUGAACUUGCUAAGUAUCGUAUAAAAACUGAAAUGUUAGUAUUUACCACUUUAUCGUCUUGAUUUGUCUGAAUAUCUUUUAUACAACACUAAUAACAUUAAAAAGAAAGAGAAUAAAUCACAGUUUACAGUGUAGAAAGCAAAUCUUAUAAAGUAUAUUCAUAUUAACCCGGGAUGAGGCGUUCGGUUCGGGACGGACGGCGUCAGUUG